AGUGAAGAAACGGUUUGGUUUGUGCUUUGUUUUCUCGCCGGAUUCCAAGACUUGAGGUAGAAAGGGGGGCUCGCCGGAGGGCGGUGAUGCUUCGUAGUCUCCGGACGACAUAUGCCACCGUUUUGAGAUCUUCUUUAGAAGAUCAACAAUAACCCUUCUUAAAAUUCUGGAAAUCUCAAGAAAAGACAUGAAUACCUCAACUUCUACAACCUCUGCAACUUCCCUUCCACAAGACAUUCUUUACGAAAUUUUCAGUAGACUUCCCGUUAAGUCUAUAGUACAAUUCAGGUGCGUUUCCAAAUUCUUUUACUCUCUUAUUAAUAACUCGUUUUUCGCUGAUGUGCACCGGAACCGUUCCUUAACCUGUCCCGGGACAAGAAUCCUCUUGCGUGUUCCAUCCAAAACAUGUCAACAAAUCUUUUACACUGUAAAUUUGACCGAAGAAAACAAUGGAAAGCUCCAAGCCAACCGUGCCCGGUACAUGGACCAGCAAUGCUUUCACAACCUGGUACAUUUAAGGUCUACUAACGGCCUGAUUUGUCUGGCCAACAACGACGGAGAAGCCGCGGUUUGCAACCUUAGUAUAAGACAACAUGUUUCUCUGCCAAGAACCCAUCCUGUCCGGCCAUCCAUCUCGCAAAACUUCGCCAGCGCGGCCUUGGGUUUCGGUUCGGUUUCGAAAAAGUACAAGGUUUUCAUGUCGGAACUGCGUUGCAUCCACGGCCGUGGCAAUAAGAAGCACUGGGUUUUAACUCUUGGAGAGGAUGAAUCAUGGAGGGAGAUUAUCUCCGCCGCCGUCCCAAACUAUCCAGAAACCACUCUUCACAUUGACGGCGUUAUCUACUUAAUAAACUGGACCGUUAAAAGGGAAAUAAUUGCGUUUAACGUCGGAGCCGAGGAGUUUCGCACGUUACCUUUUCCGUGUGAACUCCGACAUCGUAUUUUGAGCUCGCCGUGGAUUGCGGUGGCCGGUCGGCUAGCCGCCGUUACUGUUAAUCAUCAAUUGAGCAGUUUGGAGAUUUGGGGUUUGGAGAAAUCAAUGGAAUGGGGGAAAUAUAUGAUUCCCAUUCCAUUGGAAGAUAGGGAAAUUAUGAGAAAAGCUUCUUCUAUGGACUUCGCAGGAAAGUGUAAUGGGGAGAUUGUGAUGCUGAUUCAGGUGGGUGACACUUUCUUGAUUUUUGUGUUUGGAACGCAGGUGUGGAGAAAGUUUGAGAUAUGUGGGAUUUAUGAUGGUUUUAUUUGUUUGGAUAGAUUACAAAGUGCCAUACAUAUCAUUGAGGAAAAUGUAUUUUUUCCUAGUUUUAAGUUUGGUUAGUGAAAUAUAUUGAGAAUAGAAUGUUAUUCUGAAGAAUAGAUUUAUUAUACCCCUGUUCAGUUCAGUUUUUACGGAGAAAGUUUGAGAUAUGUGGAAUUCAUGGUUGUUUCAUUUGUUUGGAUAGAUUACAAAAUGCAAUGCAUAUAGAUUACAAAAUGCAAUGCAUAUCAUUGAGGGGAUUGUAGUUUUUCCUAACUUUAAGUUUAGUUCGUGAAA